GCAUUGCUCUCCACACACACACACAUCAGCACCAGAUACACACUAUGCAUCCAUAUGCACUGUUCAUCCUAAUAGACCAGACCUCUUAGACGGCUCGCAUUCUCACACACACUCAUUCAGAUUUCAAGGCUUCAUGUGCCAAUCCUCUGCUCAUCAGUGAGCAUCAGUGCUGGCCUUCUACUGGAUAAGGCUCAUUUCUGCUGGACCUAGAGGAGACAGCAAGUUUGAUCCAAUCAUGAUACAGAUGGAGAGAGAGGACAGAGUGGUGUGUGAUGGAAAACAGGAGAAGUAGGGAGUGUGACAGAGGAAAACGGAAAGGUUGAGACCAUAUUGCUGUCUUGGGAAGGGCAGGGAGUCUUAAGCAACACUGGAGCGGCAUGUCUCAAAUGAAGAGGUACACUUACAAUAGGGUGAGUGACAAGCAGACCACUAGCAGUGGCAGCAACAGGAUGAGUUCAGAUGGAGGAGGACGUCCAGUAAAGGUGGGCUCUGUGGUGGAGGUCAUUGGAAAGGGUCAUCGUGGUACUGUGGCCUACAUUGGCAAUACACUAUUUGCCUCUGGGAAGUGGGUGGGAGUCAUCCUGGAGGAGGCCAGAGGCAAGAACGAUGGCACUGUGCAAGGCAAGCGCUACUUCACCUGCCUUGAGAACCAUGGGAUAUUUGUGCGGCAGUCACAGAUCCAGUUGGUAGAGGAUGGGGCAGAUACAACAUCGCCUGACACUCCUGAACCUGCCACAUCUAAAGUGCUUAAGCGAGAGAUUCUGGAAGCUCCGAAGUCUAAUAAAGUGGUGAGUGCAGGUCUAUAUCGAGGAGCCAAACCUAAAAAGACGCCUGUUCCUCGUAAGACUACGGCCAGAAGGCCAAAGGCACGGGCAGGUGUUGGAGUAAAGGUGGGUUCUGGCUCAGCUUCAGCAGGAGAGAUGAGCAGCAGUGAACCCAGCACACCUGCUCAAACCCCACUGGCUGCUCCAGUUAUCCCCUCCCCUGUUGGGACGCUCCCUUCUCCUGGACUUCCACCCAUCCCAGCCCCGAGUAAGGAGGAGGAGGCUCUCCGGGUGCAGGUGAAAGAUCUAGAAGAGAAGCUGGAGACCCUGCGGAUGAAGCGGGCGGAGGAUAAGGCCAAGCUAAAGGAGCUGGAGAAGCACAAGAUCCAGCUGGAGCAGCUACAGGAGUGGAAGAGCAAGAUGCAGGAGCAGCAAAAUGAACUGCAGAAACAACUCAAAGAGGCCAGAAAGGAAGCAAAAGAGGCUUUGGAAGCGAAGGAACAUUACAUGGAAGAGAUGGCAGACACUGCAGACGCUAUCGAGAUGGCAACCUUAGAUAAAGAGAUGGCAGAAGAGAGGGCAGAGUCUUUGCAGCAGGAGGUUGACGCACUCAAAGAGAAGGUGGAGGAACUGACCAUGGACCUGGAGAUCCUCAAACAUGAGAUAGAAGAGAAAGGCUCUGAUGGUGCAGCAUCAAGCUAUCACGUAAAACAACUUGAAGAACAAAAUGCCCGCCUGAAGGAGGCUUUGGUCAGGAUGCGUGACCUGUCUGCCUCUGAGAAACAGGAGCACUCAAAACUUCAGAAGCAGGCGGAAAAAAAGAACUUUGAGUUGGAGGCAAUGAUGAUGCAGAAGGAGAAAAUACAAGAGGAAAUGAAGGUGGCAGAGAAGACUAUAGAUGAGCUCAAAGAACAGGUGGAUGCAGCUCUUGGAGCUGAAGAGAUGGUGGUGACUCUCACUGAGCGUAACCUGGAUCUGGAAGAGAGAGUGCGAGAGCUCAGAGAGGCUGUAACUGACCUGGAAGCCAUUAAUGAGAUGAAUGACGAGCUGCAGGAGAACGCCAGAGAGACGGAGCUGGAACUGAGGGAGCAGCUGGAUCUGAGUGCGGCCAGCGUGCGGGAGGCGGAGAAACGUGUGGAAGCAGCACAAGAGACUAUGGCGGAUUACCAACACACCAUCCAGAAAUACAGAGAGCUGACCGCACACCUUCAGGAAGUGAACAGAGAGCUAAUGAGCCAACAGGAGGCCAACUCUGAGCUGCAGCAGCAACCUGCCGAGAUCUUCGACUUCAAGAUCAAGUUUGCAGAAACCAAGGCAUACGCAAAGGCCAUUGAAAUGGAGUUGCGUAAGAUGGAAGUGACUCAGGCGAACAGACAGGUGGCUCUGCUCACUACCUUUAUGCCCGAGUCCUUCCUGAGACAUGGAGGAGACCAUGACUGCAUCCUCGUCUUGCUACUCAUUCCCAGACUCGUCUGCAAGGCAGAGCUAAUCAGCAAACAAGCACAGGAGAAGUUUGAUCUGACAGAGAACAGCUCUCAGAGACCGGGGAUGAGAGGGGCAGUGGGAGAGCAGCUCAGCUUUGCUGCUGGACUUGUUUAUUCUCUGAGUCUGCUGCAGGCAACGCUGCACAAAUAUGAAUAUGCUCUUAAUCAGUGUAACGUGGAGGUUUAUAAGCGAGUGGGUUCCCUUUACUCUGAGAUGAGUGUGCAUGAGCGUUCUUUAGACUUUCUCAUCGAUUUGCUGCACAAGGAUCAACUGGAUGAAACUGUGAAUGUGGAGCCACUUACUAAGGCCAUUAAAUAUUAUCAGCAUCUUUAUAGCAUUCAUCUAGCCAAUCAGGCGGAGAACUGCACCAUGCAGCUGGCUGACCAUAUAAAAUUCACUCAGAGUGCUCUGGACUGCAUGGCGGUGGAAGUGGGUCGUCUGCGUGCCUUUCUGCAGGCAGGAGAGGAAGCAACUCCGUUUUGUGCUUUGCUUAAAGAUCUGGACACUUCUUGUAGCGACAUUCGCCAGUUCUGCAAGAAGAUUCGCCGCCGCAUGCCGGGCACCGAUGCGCCAGGCAUUCCUGCUGCACUCAACUUUGGGCCUCAGGUAAGUGAAACGCUGGCUGAAAGCAGGAGGCAGUUGGCCUGGCUGAAUGCUGUGCUGCAGGAGGUGGCUGCAGCAGGAGCUCAGCUUAUUGCGCCACUCGGUGAACAUGAGGGGCUGCCAACGCUUAAACUGGAGGACAUGGCCUUCAAAGCAGCUGAACAGAUCUACGGCUCUCAGGGUAUAAACCUCUAUGAGUGUCUGCGCCAGUCCUGUAGCAUUAUCAUCGCUACCAUGAACAAGAUGGCCACCGCUAUGCAGGAGGGAGAGUAUGACUCUGAGAAGCCACAUACCGGAAUGGCUCCAGUGGAGGUGCGAGCAGCUGCACUGAGAGCAGAGAUCACAGAUGCUGAGGGACUUGGUCUGAAAUUAGAAGACAGAGAGACUGUCAUCAAAGAGCUUAAGAAAUCCCUGAAAAUAAAGGGUGAAGAGUUAAGCGAGGCCAAUGUACGUCUGAGUCUUCUAGAGAAGAAGCUAGACAGCUCAUCAAAGGAUGCAGACGAACGUGUGGAGAAAAUCCAGACUAUUCUGGAUGAGACUCAGGCCAUCCUAAAGAAAAAGGAGAAGGAAUUCGAAGAGACCAUGGAUGCUCUUCAGGCUGAUAUAGACCAACUCGAGGCAGAGAAAACAGAGCUGAGGCAAAGGAUAAACAGCCAAUCAAAGUUGACCAUUGAGGGACUCAGGGGAAGUCCUGCCUCUGGCAUUGCAUCCAUUGUGACUGGUGGCAUCACAACUGAGGAUCAGAAAGGUUCUGUAGGAGUGUGUGGUGCAGGAGGUGUGCAGGUGAUAGAUUCUCCACUGCUGACACAGCAGAUUGAAGCUCAGAGGCUCAGCAUAAAGCACCUGAAGAAUGAAAACAACAUACUGAAGGCAGAGAAGAUGCAUGCUCAGCUAUCCUCGCUUCCUCCGCUGAACGUUUCUAAGCUGAACUGGCGUGAAGGUUGUAGACCUGAGGUCCUAUCCAGCGCUCUCUAUCGCAAAACAGACCAGCUCCUGGAAACUCUGCUGCAGAUGAGUGCCAACAUCAAAGUCGUAGACAUCACUGGAAAAUCUCCAGUGAGCCCCAGUGCCCAGCUCCUGGAGCAGACAGCGAGGCUUCAGUCUCUCGGGGAGACUCUUGACAGGCUGAAGGAUGAAGUGGCAGAGCAUGUGGUUUCUCAGAAACCUGGCGCUCAGGUUUCGUCUGACUUUGCGACGUUCCCCUGCACCUCAUUCGUAAAGGCUAAGGAGGAGAAGAUGAAAGAUGAAGUUUUGGUAGGUCGUGUGAUGGUGCCUUGCACUCGGGGGCAAGAGCAGGUUCACCGUCUCGUUCUGUCCCAGUACCAGCUGCAGCGAGUGCAUCGCCUGCUUCAGACUUAAUAACCUUCUGCACGAACGAGCCCUGCUGCCGCGUCCUGAACAACCCGGCCCACUUUCGCUAGAUGCAGCUUUAGCUUCACCAUCAGAAGCGUUUGUGUGAAAUAUGGAAACCUGGAUCGUGAACAUUGUGAAUGGCAGGGACUGGGAGGGAAUGUUUCUUUGCCUUGGCAUCUUCGUAGCCUGACAAGCACAUCCUCCUACUGGGGCGCAAGGCAGUAACUCAAUAUAUUUGUUGCCCAGCAAAAUAAGUCGUUAGAAAAUCUGAUAGGAUGCAGUUUAAAAGCUGUUACUGCCUUUUGCUUUAGUAGGACACUGUUUACUUACUGAGUGCACUUUUUUUUUUUUUAACAUCAGUGGAUGAAUCCAAAAAAAGCAAUUUGCUCCUUAAAUAUUAAGCUUGCAAACAGAUUUCAAUAUGACACAAGUGCAUCAUUUUCUCCCAAACACUAAACAGCAGUGUGUUUCCUUUAACCUGAUUCAACCCAUCAGAUAAUUCCCAAUGCAUUCUCGUUAAAAAGAGGGAAACCUCUGACGUUCCAGAUCGUCAGGGAGUAACACAAGCAGACAUGUGCUCUAAAAUAUAAACGUGUUCCGAAUUUUAUAUCUGGCCCAAAUCUAUUACAAGCCAAAAAAAGAAGGGAUCAGGGGUUUGGCGAAAAGCUAACCAAGCCCCCUGCAUUAUUCAUGUUUUUGCAGUCCUUUUUUUGUCAUCCACUAGCUUUUGGCAUGGCAGAACUAAAAAGAAAAAAGCAUAGCUUAACAUCUUUUAUAGGAAAAAUCCAAAAUCAGCUUUUGAAAUAAUGCAAACUGUCUAAAACAUAAAAAAAAACACAAAAUGGCAUGCAUCUGAAUCUUAAUGUUUGCUUUAACUAUGAGGCUAAAACCAUUCAUAAAGAAUGAGAUUCAGACAAUUUAAAACUAGUUCUAAAUAUUUAAACCAAAGCUGGUUAAUGUGCUACUUUGUUUUUUUCUUUUCUUUUUGGGAACAGGUAGUCUAGAGAAAAUCCGAGCUUGCAUAACAGCACACGACCAAUACAUUCAUACCAGUUAGACAAGUAUGAUCAAUAUUCAAUAUUUAAUAGUCAAUAUUCCAGUGAUCAUACGUAAGUCGAUGUUGUCUUAAGUUAUUAACCUAUUUAUUGUGUAAAAAAAAAAAACGCCUAAUGUUGCUUACUUAUUGACGUCCUGAAGAACGUGUUUGAUACGUGACACCUGAAUAAAGAUCAUCUAACAGAUGCGA